AGAGUUCCACAAAGGGAACCCACUCCCUUGGAUGAUAACAGACAGGAUUGACAGACUGUCGUGUUAGCUGUAUAGAACAGUCGUUGUGUUGGAGUAACCACACACCUCCCAUAGUUAACACGUGUAUAGGUAGAAACAGCGAACUUCAGCGGCACAGAAACUUAGUUACCGGUAUUUUAUUUUUUUUACAGUUGACAAAUUUGGGUACGAUGGAUUAAAAUUAAAGGAUAUGUGACCACAGACAGCAAGCAAGCCGUGUCAUGCCGCGGAGAAAGUGUCGGUGGGUGCUGUUUUUUGGGCUGGUCUGGGCGGUGCUGCUGAUUAUGUACGUGUAUCGGACCCCUGGGGACAAGGUAAAUAAUGAUGGGUCUCUCAAUCACUAUGGCAAUGCAGUACAACAAAUUGAUCCAGUAGCAGAUGAACACCAGGAAAUCCCCAAGCUAGUCCGAAAACAGAAAUCACAGCAACAGGAAGUGAAGGAGGUGGUGGUCGAUGAGGAGGCGGGCGACAUUCCCUGGGAGGAGUUUGAUGAGAAAAGUUACAUAGACAAGAAACGCUGCAGUCCAGGGCAGGACUGUUACAACCGAAACAAGUUCAACCAGCUUGCCAGUGACAACACCAAGAGUAAUCGGCAUGUACCGGACACCAGGAAUGCCCAGUGCAGAGAAGAAAGCCAUCACAGUGACCUUGACCCUACCAGUGUCAUCAUCACAUUUCAUAAUGAGGCCAGGUCAACUUUACUACGCACCAUCGUCAGUGUUUUCUCCAGAAGUCCCAAACAUCUGAUUACUGAGAUCAUCCUGGUGGACGACUUCAGUGAUGAUGCCUCAGAUGGGGAAGAACUGGCCAAAAUAAAGAAGGUGAAGAUUCUCCGCAAUAACAAGCGAGAGGGGCUGAUGCGGUCCCGUGUGAAGGGAGCAGACGCUGCGAAGGCCCCUAUCCUGACCUUUCUUGACAGCCACUGUGAGUGUAACGUGGGUUGGUUAGAGCCCCUGCUGGACAGGAUAAAGGAGGAUAGAACUCGUGUUGUGAGUCCCAUUAUAGAUGUUAUCAACAUGGAUAAUUUUGAGUACAUCGGGGCCUCAGCAGAUCUCAAGGGGGGGUUUGAUUGGAAUUUAGUGUUCAAGUGGGAUUACAUGACUCCAGAGGAGAGAAACAAACGAGCGGGAAACCCGAUACAACCAAUCAGGACUCCUAUGAUUGCUGGGGGUUUGUUCAGCAUCGAAAAGAAAUGGUUUGAAGAACAUGGAAAGUAUGACAAGAACAUGGAUGUCUGGGGUGGAGAAAACCUGGAGAUAUCCUUCAGGGUGUGGCAGUGCCACGGAUCUCUAGAAAUCAUCCCCUGUAGUAGAGUUGGUCAUGUCUUCAGGAAACAGCAUCCCUACACAUUCCCAGGGGGCAGUGGAAAUGUUUUUGCACGCAACACCAGGAGAGCUGCUGAGGUGUGGAUGGACAAUUACAAAGAAUUCUACUAUGCUGCUGUCCCAUCGGCCAAAAUGGUCAACUUUGGAGAUAUCUCAGAAAGAUUGGAACUCCGGAAUAGACUGAAUUGUAAACCGUUUAAAUGGUUCCUGGAAAAUGUCUACCCAGAACUCAAGGUGCCUGGACACCAGGAUCAGGCCUUUGGAAGCAUACAACAGGACACUAACUGUAUGGACACACUGGGAAACUUUGCUGAUGGAAACUUGGGAAUAUUUCCUUGUCACUUUGCAGGUGGAAAUCAGGUCAACCCAAACCAGGAAUUUUCUCUCACAAAGGACGGCUUUAUUCGUCAUCUUGACCUUUGUGUGACCUUGACUGGGAGUAUGCCGGGGACAGUAGUCAAACUUUUCCAGUGCCAGGAAGGCAACGCACUCCAGAUGUGGGAGAGAACAAACAGUGAUUCCAUGCUGAAGACCCACAGCUACGACCUGUGUAUUGACAGUCAGGAGGUCCAGACAAAGGGUCUCAUUGUGAAUGCUUGUCAGGAAACUUCAGCUUCACAGAAAUGGAGCUUUGCCAUCAGUAAAGGGGGAUAAUUCCCCCACAUAAAGGGCAUUAAUUCCUCAGUGAUUUAUCAACAAUGUGGAGUCUAGUCACGUUCCCACCGACUGACAAUCAUCGUGAAAAUUAGCCUCUGUAGUAGUGAUGGCUCAUCAUUAGCUCCAUUUAUUCGAGACAAUUUUGCUGUAGGUAGAGUUCAUAUAUUCCUGCUUUGUAUGUCUGAAUUGUUAGGUUUAAUUUAUGAUAAAAUGUUGAUUUUCAUAUUUUAAUUUCUUCUGUUGAAGCAUUAUAAUAAGGAUAUGUUUAUCAAGGUUUAUGAAUUUUUUUUUUAAAAUUUGUAUUGAAAGAGGUUGCUUGUGUUUGGCUUUAAGUCAACUAGAGUGUGAUAAAAAUUUUAUUCGUUUUAAUGAUGAGUGUGAUGGAGGUUGUAAAAUGUUGUUUGAUUACACAUUUACAGAGGUGGUUUAACACAGAUUGUGGUACAUUGGUAUUGGUGUAUCACAUAUAGAUCAUCAUUCGUUUUAUAUCUUAGUGCUUUAUCAACUUUGUUUGGUCAAAACUGAUCCGUUCAUGGGUCAAGUCCAUCAUCUAAUGUACAUGUAUAUGUAGUCAUUGAAUUCCAUAUUUUCUGCAAAGGUACACUGGCCAGGGGUGUCUCAAUUACCGCUACGCUUCUGGUCUGGAGGAGCUUUGGUAUUCCUCUGACUGUUUUAGGGAGGGGCAGUCUUUCCAUGACUUAAAGUGCUUUUUCUGAGUAAAUGGUCAAAUGAUUACUUUGUCCUGGUUUUGUGUAUCUAAAGACUUUCCAGGAAUUUAUCAUUGAGAUAAUAAACUAAUACAUUUGUCUCUUUCACUGCAGUGCAUUGAUAGUUUUUUUUAAAGAUUUUAUGACAUUUUCAUAAUUUUUUAUAUUUAAAUCUGUGUAUUUGUUCAUGUGAAACUAUUAUUGAAAACAAAUAGAAAUUGUGAUGGGUUUUUCAUCAACUACAGAUUGAUUACUUGGACAUCAUUUUUCUGUUCUUUAUUUGUCUGUGAGCAUGUGCAUGUAUAAUCACCACAUUUAAAAUUUAAGUGAUAUUUAGGAGAAGCAUAAAAUGAAUUUAAGUCAAACUAUUCCUGUAUUUUUAAAGCUUGCCAUUGUGUACUUGUUUUUGAGCAGAUAUAUAUAUUUUUCUUCACAUUUCAAGCUUUUUUAAUUUAUUAUACUUAUUGUUUUUAUUCGAGAAUGUACUUAUUGUAUGAAUUUCAGUUUUUGUUUUCUAAUCUCCAUGACACCACCUGACACCUACAUUCUUUGUGCCAAAUUAUCAAAAAUGCUGAUUACUGUAUUUUGUUUUUGCAUGGAUGAAAUUCCGACAAAGUAAAAUUUGAAGUUUCAGUUAUCUUUCUUUGUGGAGCUCUCCUGUCCCAGGGCCCUGGACUGCUCCAGUCCACAUCUCAUCCACUACCCAACAGUCUUCCAUCCCUAUCAGCAAGGUUUACCCAUCAAGGCCACAAGAAUUGAUCAUACCGUUCUAUGUUUUCACAUUUUUACAGCUAUAAUUGUAAUGCAUUAAAACAACCCAGUUUUUUCACACCGUCACAAGUAUUGAUUGCAGAAACUGUUUAAUUAUGCAAUUCAAAUUCACUUCAGGGUACAUCCAUAAAUUAUUGAAAUGUGUGUUAGCUUUUAUUUCAUAUUAAUUUUGGUUCUAGUAAUAAAUCAUUUAUUCUCCUCAGAAUUUGGUUUUCACUGUAUGAUCCUCAAACAUGUAUUUUGCAUGAUUUUUUUCGAGACAUAAUUUCGCUGAAUAUUUAAGAAAUGAUUUUUAAACAAUUCCACCAUUGUCAUGCAGUAUCAUGACAAAAGGAUGGAUUUAUUACGAUCUUCCAUAGGCUUAAGAUUGUGAGUCUGUAUUUACUAAUGUUUUGAUUAUGAUAUGUGCAUGAUUCUAAAUGAUGAAAUUUUGAAUAUCUGUUUGAUAAUUGCUGCAUAGAUCUUGAUAAUCUGUUUUGUGGUAUAAUGUGAGUGUACUGAUAUCAUUUCUUAUAGAUUACAUUUAUUUAUUGAUUUCAAUAUGUCAAGUGAUUUAUAUUAAAUAUAUAUUAUAUAUAUAUAUGUAUAUAUUGUGAUUCCGCAACAGUAGUUAAAUUUCUGAUUAGUUUUGUGUUUGAAGAUUUACAUGUGUACACCGUCAAUGAAUUUGAGGAGAAAUUGCUCCUGCAUUUUUCCAGUUGCAUCAUGUUUACUUUACGCAGACUAUAGCUUUAAGUUAUGAUUUAUAUAGCUUUGAAAUGAAAUUAUGAUUUAGGUGUACACUGAUCUCUGAUAAAAUCGAAGAUGCAAUCUUAUGUAGAAGUUGGUAAUGGUUCUCCAUUCUGUAGUCAGGGAAAACAGGCUCUGUUCUGGUUAACAAUAAAGCUCAGCUUUAAUG